AGCCCAUCGUGAACGCGGGCGCGCGGCCUGAUCCAGCUGUUUCAGCAGCCAAGAUGACGAGCAACACCAGGUACAAGAGCCGCUCACUCAGAUCAGAGGAUGGAAGAGAGGAAAAGGAGUAUGUGGGGUUUGCCACCCUCCCUAACCAGGUCCACAGGAAGUCAGUCAAGAAGGGGUUUGACUUCACCCUCAUGGUGGCAGGAGAGUCUGGUCUGGGUAAAUCUACUCUGGUCAACAGCCUGUUUCUCACAGACCUGCACAAGGACAGGAAACUACUCAAUGCUGAGGAGCGUAUCAGUCAGACAGUGGAGAUCACUAAGCACACAGUGGACAUAGAGGAGAAAGGAGUUAAACUGAAACUGACCAUCGUAGACACACCAGGGUUUGGAGACGCUGUCAACAACACUGAGUGCUGGAGGCCAAUCACAGAUUACAUUGACCAGCAGUUUGAGCAGUAUUUCAGAGAUGAGAGUGGUCUGAACAGGAAGAACAUCCAGGACAACAGAGUCCACUGCUGCCUCUACUUCAUACCUCCCUUUGGACACGGGCUUCGUCCAGUAGAUAUAGAAUUUAUGAAGGCCCUGCAGGACAAAGUCAACGUGGUUCCUCUCAUCUCUAAAGCUGACUGCCUCACUCCCAAUGAGAUGAGGAAACUCAAAGACCGGGUCCGUGAGGAGAUCGAUACGUUUGGGAUAAAGGUGUACCAGUUCCCAGACUGUGACUCUGAUGAGGAUGAGGAGGCCAAACAGAAGGACAGAGAACUCAAGGAGAGCACUCCGUUUGCUGUGAUCGGCAGUAACAUGGUGGUGGAGGCCAGAGGUCAGAAAGUCAGAGGGAGACUCUACCCCUGGGGCAUUGUAGAGGUGGAGAACCAGUCUCACUGUGACUUUGUGAAGCUGAGGACCAUGCUGAUCAGGACCCACAUGCAUGACCUGAAGGACAUCACCUGUGACUGUCACUAUGAGAACUACAGGGCUCAUUGCAUACACACCAUGACCAGUAAAAUGAAUACAGAUAACCGUGUGGAGAGCCCGAUCCCCAUCCUACCCUUGUCUACCCCGGACGUGGAGACAGAGAAACUCAUCAAGAUGAAGGACGAGGAGUUGAGGAGGAUGCAGGAGAUGCUUCAGAAGAUGCAGCAGCAGAUGCAGCAUGAGCAGGACCUGUGAACCCUGACCCCUAACCUCUCACCCCUGACCUUUCACCUCUCUCCUCUCACCUAAUGAUAUGUGGGAGAAGUAACACAGGGUUAGUCACGUGCUGGCCCGUCACACACUGCCACCUCACUCCAACUGACACAUGAAGGGAGUUUUAUACAGUCUAGUUCUAUCUGUAUGUUCUGUAAUGUUACACUCUCUUCUCAAUAAUGUGCAUCACUAACAGAGACACUGGACAACCAACACCAAACACUCUCCAAACCAUGGACAUUAUGGAUGGGCCACACCCUACACUGGAGAAAUACUUUUAAACAGGGUCAAACAUUUUGUCCACGAUAUGUUGGUGUUGUGAAAACCCUAAAAAACAAUGCUUUGUUGGAUGCAGUCAAUAGCCAAGACUAUAGCCAAGCUUUAUAGCAUUAUAGUAGAUUUGCACCUUAGAUUCUAGAUGGUGUCCAAGCCUGUUUUUGUAUUCAAGGGAAGUAGUUUGGUACUGAAUUAGACUGUUUAUGAUUAUUGUUGAAAAUGUAUUUUGCACUCUACUGGCUCACACAGUUAGAAUGUGGGUCAGAUUAAUUUAUUCUGUUAAUAACAUUAUUCAUGUUGAGUUCUGGGUUAUUUAUUCACAUUUAAAUGUGUGUGUGAGAGAGAAGAGAGAGAGUCUCUAUGUCAGCACUGAGACAGAGACAGGCCACAGUGUCAUUUCCUGUCCAAUCCCUGUCCCUUUGCUCCGUUCACAGACUGAGUCUUUCUAAAGCACAGCUUCUGUCUCUGAGGGUUCUCUUAUGGAACAAGGGCAAAGUGUUGCAGCACAAUCAAUAUUCUGAGUCUACUGAAGAUUCUAAUAGAUAAACACAUUAGAUCAAUAUUCUGAGAGUCUACUGAAGAUUCUAUCAGAUAAACACAUUAUAUCAAUGUUCUGAGAGUCUACUGAAGAUUCUUAUAGAUAAAGACACAUUAGAUCGUAUUCAAAUGAAAAACACUAUUAUCCCAUAACCCAGCCACAUGACAAGAUUAGAUUACAUCCUAUACAAUGGAAAAUACUGUGUAUGUGUGUGUGUGUGCGCACGCACACGCGUGUGUGGAGAUGUGUGUGUGUGUGUGUGCACCUGUGUGUCAAUGUGGUGCUGUUUAGCCUGUAUGUUGGUCCAUCCCGGUAGUACGUAACAUAGAUGAAUAGAUAUGUCAGCAUGGUCAAGGUUGUGUCCACAUAGACACAGUGAUGUCACACACUGGUGCAUAUCACUCAAUAAAAGCCCACUGUUGUACAUUU